GUCUGCACUACAAUAAGAUUAGACUGGAGACACCACUAUGGACAAGAGCACUUUAGAGGAUGGACAGAUGAAUGCUGCUGUUGACUGGAACCACUAUUAAAAUGCUGCCUUGGAAGAAGAAUAAGUUCGACCUGAUUGAGGAAGACAAGCAGUCCAAGCAGAAGGGCUAUGCGGUGAGUCUCAACUAUUCUGCGCUCACGUCCUUCGCCAAGUCCUGCCCCGAGAGCGCGCUCAACAGGGUGGGCAGCAUGUUCAAGUCAAAGAGGAAAAAGGUGAAGAUCACCAGCGAGGACCCCACGUACACGGUGCUCUACCUGGGGAACGCCACCACCAUCCAGUCCAAGGGGGACGGCUGCACGGACGUGGCGGUGAGCAAGAUCUGGGGCAAAAGCGAGAUGGGCAAGAACGGCACCAAGAUGAGGCUGACCGUCAGCUCGCAGGGCAUCCGGAUGGUGCAUGUGGACGACAAGGCCAGGAGGCCGGGACACUUAUACUUGCUGCACCGGAUAACCUACUGUGUCGCCGACCCGAGGCUACCCAAGAUUUUCGCUUGGAUUUACAGGCACGAGAUGAAGCACAAGGCCGUGAUGCUGCGCUGCCACGCGGUGCUGGUGUCCAAGCCGGAGAAGGCAAAGGCCAUGGCGCUGCUCCUGUACCAGACCUCGGCCACAGCCCUGGCCGAGUUCAAAAGACUAAAACGGAGGGACGACGCCAGGCACCAGCAGCAGCAGCUCAUAGGGGAACAAACCAUCCCGCUAGUCCCCCUCAGGAAGCUGCUGAACGGACAGUGUUACUACAAACCCCCGGUGGAGCGCAGCCGGAGCGCGCCCAAGCUGGGCUCCAUCACAGAGGACCUGGUCGGGGAGGAGGAGGAAGAGAAAGCGAUGCACUUUGAGUGUGAGGAUAUUCUGGACACGGAAGAUGGUUGUGUUACCAACGGUAAACAGGAGUUGACUCAGAUUAUUAAUGACUUGGGAGAGAUGAGCAUAGGAAACGAUGUGCAGUCACUGAAGGCUGACCUCAGGGUCACCAGACUUCUCUCUGGGGAGAGCACGGGGAGUGAAUCCUCCAUAGAGAGCAACCAGGAGCCCCCUCCGCUCACCAAUGGCUUUGAGGAGGUAAAGGUGCAGGAAAUUGCUUGAAAAAUUUUAGGCAUUUCUUGGCCCCUCUGACGCAUUGUUUUGUUGAGCCACGAUGUCUCCACAAGAAACAUUUCCUCUGUCGUCAACGUUGUGUUGGAGAGUGUUUGUCUAACCUGUGCCUCCACAACGAACUGAGAGGGUCCAGAAAAAGAUCCUCUAAGGUUCUGGGACAAUAACCGCACAUGGAAACCCAAUUGGGCUACUGAAUGUUAUUUCAAGAUUGUGUAAACAGAAAAAAAAAGUGGAAAAACAAGUGCAUGCCCAUUUGAGAGAUGACUGGUUGAACCAACAAAAUCCCAGUGCGCCGCAAGACGCACGGCACUAAUUCCAUCUCUUUUAUUUAAGAGGAUUUGUUGUAGCCUCAAGCUUGUUUACCUAACGUUUUUUUUUUUCCCUCUCUCGUGAAAAUGGCAUUUUUCUGUUGGAAAAUGCUCAUAAUGAUCCAAAAAAAAAAAAAAAAAAAAAGCACGUUUUGUUUUUUUUCCGUAAGUGGUCUAAACAGGCAUCUUUAAUUUCCCUGUGAGGGCACUUUUGUAACAGCCUGUUCAUUUAUGUUAUUUUGCACUGUUGUGGAAUUCAUUCAAGUAUUAUGUUGACUACAUGUAUAUAAUAUGUUUGUUGGUAUGUUGUCUGAAACAUAAAUGUCAUAUCUUUGCUGUGCAAAAGAAAAAACACCAUUAUGUAUUAUGAUGUAAAGCAAGAUGUUUUAAGUAUAAAUAUGUUAUUUUUUAAAGCAUAAAAAAGUGGUUUGUUAUGUGAACCUCAUAGAAUUAUCAAUAA